AUGCCUGAAGCCGAAGCCGUUGUCAGAAAAAGGAUAAUUAAGCAUAUGAACGAUCAAAAGUUCCGGCUGUUUGAUUAUCUAGAAUAUUUCAAGGGGAUCAAAUUAAAUCGAUCCAAGGACGAUGUAGCAAUGACAGCUAUUUCACUGACCUCGAUGGAAUUAACAUAUAAAAAGAGUGGCGGAGCUGCUCAAACGACCACGCUUCCUAUCUCUCCACCUUUAUCGUCAUAUAACGAUGCUCGUCAUAGUCUUAUUCUGCUUGCAAAAGAGGCUGCUGGCAGCUUGGGCUAUUCAGCGUAUCAAGUUACUCGAUAUGUUCCACCUCAUCUCACUCUUACAGACCUUGUCCCAGGUUCUGCUGUCCCUCUGUACAUUCUGUUAACAUUUUUUCCGGCCAGAAUUGUACCCUAUAUAGCCCGAUUGAGUCCUAGACUGGCUUCUUUCCUUGGACGCAAUGCUCCAAAAGUUCUUGUUGGGCUAAUAGUGUUUCACAUAAUUGAAAUUGUGACUAUCUUGAGACCUCGCCUAAUUAAAUACAGAGUACCGUGUGGAACAAGUGCGUUGUGGAUUGUUUCCAAUUUAUUUGAAGGUUAUCCCAGUUUCAGACGUUUUGAUGAGGAAGUCGAUCGUAUCAAUCAUUGA